CAACAGAAGAGGCGGAUAUGAAAACAAUAGAAGGAGCGGAUAUGAAAACAACUGAAGGAGCGGGUAUGGAAACGACACAAAAAGGCGAAGGCACGGAGGUGAAAGAAAAGAAAAAUGUUUUUGCCCUUCCACAAGAAUAUCGUCUUCCAAAAACACUUGUGCCAUCGUCGUACGAGCUCGUCCUCAAGACGUAUUUGCCGUUUUACAAGGGUAUUCCAAAAAAGAAAAUUUUGACAAUUGAUGCUCAAGUGACAAUCAACAUGCUUGUUCGCAAUCCAACAAAUGUCGUAGUCCUUAAUCAAGCUGGGAUUUCCGUAAUAAAAGAAAAUUGCAGUGCG